ACACACAAAAACCAUCUCAUAGACCAAUAAAUUCAAACCCUUCUCUUCCUUUACUUCUGUUCAUGGAUAAACAUUGGAGAAGGAAGAGCCAUGAGCAACAAUCAUGAGUUUGAAGUGAGCAGUAAAAAAUGGGAGUUUAUCAACUUGAGCGAUCAAGAAGAAGAUUUGGUAUACCGAAUGCACAAACUCGUCGGUAACAGGUGGGAUUUGAUUGCUGGCAGAAUUCCAGGUCGAAAACCUGAAGAAAUUGAAAGAUUUUGGUUGAUGAGACAUAAUGAAGUUUUUAGAAACCUACGAACACAAACCAAUAACAAGUUUAAAGUUAAAGUGGUUCAAAGAAAUUUGAGGAACUAAAGCCGGUCAAAUGAGAAGUUUCUAUGAAGUUGGAGCAUAAAGUGUAAACAUUGUAGAUAUAUCGUGUUAUUGUUCUUGAUAGAUUGAAUAUGGGUUCUGUACUUGUGUUUAAUCAUCUCACAAAGUAAUUAAAAGUAAACCUUAGUUAAACAUUUUAUCAGAUAUAUUUAAAUAAUAUUAUCGUCAUAUAAUUAUUUCUUAA